GCAAAGCGGGAGGUGGGAUGGUGUUGUUGUGUAGCUAAAGUUGCUGGUUUGAUGGCGGGUUGUGGUGCUUUAGGGCAACGUGUGAAUGUUUGUGGUGAAAAGGUGUUGGGUUGAGCCCCAGAGAGAGAUUAGCAACGAGCAGAAAGUGCUGCUGAAGAAAGAUUGACGGAGUUGAAAGAAGUCUUGGUGGAGCCGGAGGAAGAGAUGGAGGAUGAGCGCAGACUGCUGGAUUUCAGCCGGAUCCCCCUGAUAAUCUUACAGCGAAUAGAUCCCAAAAAAUUUCUCUGUAAAGAUGAUGGAGUUCAAACUGAGCUCAGCAACCAGGAGGGAAACUCCACUUUAGAUGAGGAGGAACCAGAACCUGGGCAGACAAAAGAUGAGAAAAAGGAACAAGAACAUCAACAGUUUGUAGAAGAAGAGAGGCAACUCUACAUCAGUCUGGCUGAAAAGCAACUUGUGCUGAAACGGGAGACUGAUAACAUUUUAACGAUUUCUUCUAACGUGCAAAGAGUCCGCAAUGAAGAAGAACAAAGAAGGAACAAACUCAUCUCUCAGGGCCCCUCAGAAGUUGAGAACCAGGAUCAGGAAGGAAACAAUGAGCAAACAGGAAAAAGGAGAGAAGAGCAGAAGCAAAAUGAGAGAUGUCAGGAAACCAAACAACCAAAAGACACUGCUGACAUUUCAAAACCACAGACUGACCAAAAUUUUAAUUCUUGUAAAAUUGAUAGUAAAAACCCUUCUCAAAAAUGUCACGUUAAAAAGAUGAGAACAGACGAGCCUAAGAAGCGUUUCUCAUGUGUGAGCUGUGGAAAAAAGUUCCCCAUAAAAAGCCGUUUGAAAAUUCACAUAAGAACUCAUACAGGUGAGAAGCCUUUCUCAUGUGAGAACUGUGGAAAGAGUUUUGGUGAUAGAAGGUAUUUAGGAUCUCACAUGAGAAUUCAUACAGGUGAGAAGCCUUUCACAUGUGAGACAUGUGGAAAAAGUUUUCCAUGGAAACAUUGUUUGGAAAGGCACAUGAAAACUCACACAGGUGAGAAGCCUUUCACGUGUGUUACAUGUGGAAAAGGGUUUAUAGAAAAAAGCAAUUUAAAAAUGCACAUGAUAACUCACACAUGUGAGAAGCCUUUCACGUGUGUAACAUGUGGAAAAGGCUUUAGAGAUAAAGGCUACUUAAAAAUUCACAUGCAAGUUCACACAGGUGAGAAGCCUUUCUCAUGUGAGAAAUGUGGAAAAAGUUUUCCACGGAAACAGUGUUUGGCAAGUCACAUGCAUACGCACACAGGUGCGAAGCCUUAUAUCUGUGUGAAUUGUGGAAAAGGGUUUAGAGAUAAAGGCCAUUUAAAAAUUCACAGGAUGACUCACACAGGUGAGAAGCUUUACACAUGUGUGAGUUGUGGAAAAGGGUUUAGAGAUAAAAGCCAUUUAAAAAUUCACACGAUGACUCACACAGGUGACAAGCCUUUCACAUGUGUGCGUUGUGGAAAAGGGUUUAGGGAUGAAAGCCAUUUAAAAAUUCACACAAUUACCCACACAGGUGAGAAGCCUUUCAUAUGUGUCACAUGUGGUAAAGGUUUUGGACAAAAAGACAACUUAAAAGUUCACAUGAGAAAUCACACAGGUGAGAAGCCUUUUUCAUGUGUGAUUUGUGGAAAGAGUUUUACACAGAAAAUGCAUAUUGUUCAACACAUGAAACAUCACACAGACGAGAAGCCUUUCUCAUGCAUGACCUGCGGAAAAGGUUUUAAAAGAAAAUGUGAUUUGACAUAUCACAUGAGAACACACACAGGUGAGAAGCCUUUCAUUUGUGUUACAUGUGGAAAAGGCUUUAGUCGUAAAGGCUACUUAAAAAUUCACAUGAGAAUUCACACAGGUGAGAAGCCUUUCUCAUGUGAGACAUGUGGAAAAAGUUUUCCACGGAAACAGUGUUUGUCAAGUCACGUGACAACUCACACAGAUGAGAAGCCUUUGAACUGUGUUAGUUGUGGAAGAGGAUGUGUAAACAAAAGUUAUUUAAAAAUUCACAUGAGAAUACACACAGGUGAGAAGCCUUUCAUGUGUGUUACAUGUGGAAAAGGCUUUAUACGUAAAAGCCUCUUAAAAGAUCACAUGCAAAUUCACACAAGUGAGAAGCCUUUUUCAUGCGAGACAUGUGGGAAAAGUUUUCAACGGAAACACUGUUUGGCAAGUCACAUGACAAUUCACACAGGUGAGAAGCCUUUCACCUGUGUGAGUUGUGGAAAAGGGUUUAGAAACAAAAGCUAUUUAAAAACUCACAUGAGAACUCACACAAGUGAGAAGCCUUUCUCAUGUGUUACAUGCGGAAAAGGUUUUAGAUGUGAGAGAGAUUUAAAAAAACACAUAAUAACUCACUCAGGUGAGAAGCCUGUGAAAAAGGUUUUAUAAAAACAAUUACUUGGUACGUCACAUGAGAACUCACAAAUGUGAGAAGCCCUUCUGAUGUGUGACCUGUGGAAAGAGUUUUGCGAAUGAAAAGCUGGUUAAAAAUUCACAUGAGACCUCAUACAUGUCUUAAAAGGUAUUCUUUUAGAUGUUUUUUUGAAACAAAUUAGGGGAAAAAAUCAUAAUUUGUUCCUAGAAAUCUAUUUUAAAAUAUUUUUUUAUUAUUAUUAUUAUUAAUAUUUUUAUUUUCAAGGGAGAAAUGUGUGUCUGAACAGAGAUUAAACGGAUAUAAUGCCCUCAGACUUUAGUGUAGUGAUUUGUGAUCACCUCACAUUGAUAAAGUGCAUUUCAAGUCUGUUCAUGUCACUUCUCUUAUCCUGGAAUUUUUUAGUCUGUUUUGUUUGGACCCAGUUCCUUGGUCCACUUUUUUCUCUUAGCAAAAAUCUGCAACACUCUGUCCUGUUAUUGUAGUCUGACUUUGAUUUGCUUCUGUUUGUUAAAUAUAUUUGCUUCUGUGUUUCUAAGCUGCAGGGGGCUUUAACAAGUAUGACAAUCACAAUGGGUGAAAGCGGGCUUUGACUUUGGCACAGAGAGCUCUCCUCCAAGCAGGAAAGGUGUGAUGAUUCCUAAAAUGGAGACAUCAUGUUGCAUGUAAUUGUGGAAUGAUGGCAGCAUUAGUGCUGCUGGAGGACAUUGCUGAUGGAAGAAUGUGAAGGAAUUGUUGUCUUAAUGCCAAAGAGAGCUCAACAGAUUUUACUUUCACAAGUGGAGCAGUCAGCUUUCGCCAUAGU